AUGGAAGUGAAGACACCUGGCGCGCAACAACUUGAAACAGAAGUGGAAACGAACGUCGAUGCUGGAAUGCUUGAACUAGCAAUACAUACAUCGGCUGUAGCUGCCCAGCAUAUGGAUCCACACGACCAAAGUCUGUCCCGGCUUAUCAAUCUGCAGACAGAUCAAGUGAGCGAGGUGCAUAAUAUACAUCAAGUUCAAGUUGAGGCUCCAAGCAGGGACUUGGUCUCUUCCGAUGCUACACAACCAUUUUUCGAAGACAGUAUCCACGAUCUCAAUAUCCUGUGGGGUGGAAUGGACGGCAGUUUUGCAUUAGAAGAUUCAUUCUCUCUGGGAUUCACCUUUCCCUUCGGACUUCCCAGUGGCACAGCUCCUGGACUCGACUUUUCAGAGCAGACAUAUCUCUCGUUUUCGGGGGCGUCAACUAGCGGAGCCUCUGGAGAAACAAUAGCGGAUAAUCAUCAUUCAGACGACGACGCGUCUCUAUGCAAUUAUCAAUUACCACCGUUGAAUCAGAAUGACGGGUACAAUUCUCAAGAUAUGGAAAACACUUCGGAGCGGCCCAAUACUCCAGUUGAGCGGCCAGAAGGCUCCGAGAUUAACUAUCCUUGGCGUAUUGGAAAAGAUGACUAUAAUGCUAUUAUUUCGGAAAUUGAACAAGUUCGCCAUAUCCUUCCGGAUGGCUUUAUAUUCCCUUCGAAGUAUGUAUUUUGCCGAUACAUUGAGGGAUUCUUUACUGGGAGUCAUGGGCAUCUGCCUUUUCUCCAUCUUCCCACAGUAUCUAUCUCCAAUUUGACACCAUCUUUGAUCCUGGCAAUCAUAGCAAUGGGUGCACAAUAUCGAUUUGAGAUCGAUCGCGCAGCUUGUUAUUUCAAAGCAUCAAAGUCACUAAUCGAUAAUCAUUCUUUCGCUCUUGUGUCCUUCAACUCUGAUUUUCAUCCAGGAUUAGAUGUGGAGACCUUUGACUCUUCUCAGAAAGUCGAGUUUGAAGUCUUACAGUCUCAGAUCAUCCUGUCGACCCUUGGGAUCUGGGGUCAUCAUAAUCUUCUUCGCGACUCACUGUCAAUGACGGCAAAUAUAGUUCAGUCCUUGAGAGCGAUCGGAAAUUGUCUACACGAAGAUAAUUCAGAUAAUGAAUCAUGGCAGACUUGGAUCCAGAAAGAGGGUAACCGACGAACUGUGUUUAUUGCCUACAUGCUAUCGAAUAAUCAAACAAUUCUAUACAAUGUUCCUCCCAAAAUUCUGAGCAGUGAACUAAGGUCGCUAUAUCUUCCCUGGCCUGAGGAGCUUUGGAAAGCCUCCAGCGCUACAGAAUGGAAGGCUCUUCGCUCAAAGUGGCCCCAUUCUGUUUCAUUUGGCGAUGCUUACACCCAGUUGUUUCGCUCGAAACAGAGUCGAAGAAAAAGAACGAGGCUAUCGUCUUUUGGAAAUCUAGUUCUUGUUCAUGCUAUUUUCCAGCAAAUAUUUCUUGCAUGGGAAUCAGAGUGCUGCAUGUCGCAAUCUGAGCAUUUGGUGUCCUUGCCAGAUGAAUCUCUCACGAAAUUCCACACCGCGCUGAGACGAUGGCAACGAAGCUGGGAGACCAGUUCAGAUCCCUCAAUAACGCCAUCGUCCCCGAAAGGUCCAUUGGGGUUUAAUGCGACCGCAAUCUUUCGCAUGGCUUGUAUCAGAUUACACCUUAACCUCGGUCCCCACCGUUGUCUAUCGACAUGGCAACCAGGAAUAAUAGCGCAUGCUUUCCUGAACGCACCAGUACCUACACAGUCACCUCAAGUCUAUCAUGCCGUUCUCCAGUCCAUCCACGCCCUUUCUAUCCCUGUUCGUCUCGGCGUAGAGUAUGUUGCAAGAACGCAAACACUCACAUGGAGCACUAUUCACUCGCUUUGCAACCUUGAGUGUGCUAUAUUUCUAUGCAAAUGGCUGGAGACCCUUGCUAUGAACCCGACAGAUCUCCACGAUGACACGAAGAAGCUCCUUCGAAUCAUCACUUCCGUUCUGCGGGAAGCUGAUUUGCUGGUGCCUAAUAUCAAUAUGGAAUUCAUCAAAAGCAGCGAUCUACGUCAGAUAGGUGCGGUUCUGGUGCGCUUGCUAUCUCGGAUACUCAAAGGAACCCAUGUGUUCGAGAUGAUGCAUGUCUUCUGCGAAGCGCUUCGGAUAUACGCCAAUUUGUUGGAGAAAAAUAUUUAG